AUGGAUGAUAUAGACGCAGUGAAGAAACUCCUGGCUUCGCUCAACCAUGGAGUGGAAGACCUUGAAACCAAGCUCAAAUCUGGAAUGCUAGCCAAGAGCUUGCUAAAUCAUGUUCAGGGUGCCAAAACUCCGCUCGAAAAAGUCGACCUAUACAAUAAUUAUGCCUACGUGAUCGCUUCUCUCUACUUUGUGCUGUUGAAAACUAGCGGCGAGAAUAAGAAGAAUGAACAUCCCAUAAUGCAAGAGCUCAAUCGUGUGAAGCUUUAUAUUGAGCGAGCGAAAAAAGCGGUUACCAAAGAAGAGAAUACAGAGGAGUUCAAACGCAAAGUUGCAGAGGCCGCAGAGCGGCACGUGCGAAAUCAACUUGGCGAGAAGAUAGAGCCAGCUGUGAGCAAGGUGCACUUUGAGGGCAAGCACACGAAGUUUGGAGACAAAGAAGGCAGCGAGACUGAAAAACCAACGAAGAAGCGCAAAACAGACUCUGACGACUCGAAAGAUCUGAAGAAGUCCAAGACGAAGAACAAAAAGUCAAAGGCGACCACGAGCAAGAAAUGA